AUUGAGCAUAAUCUUAUUGAUCCAUCUUUGCCUUGACAGGGUGUUGCAUUGUGUUAUUCACCCUUUUUUCAUCUUAUUUGCUUAAUAGAUGUCUGAAUAUAUAUCAAUUAUUGACAUCACUUUUGUUGGACCAAACGUUAUCACUACUGCCAAAUACGAGGACUCUAAUAUUCGAUUCGAAAAAUCAUCUGUUAAUAUUGUUAAGGAAGUGGAUGAAAAGCUUAUAGCGGUGAAUCUAAUUCCAUUUCGAAAAAUCAAAUGCAAAACGUUGAGUCGUAGAUUUUGUUCUCGCAUAGUGGAGGUCCCGCUUAUCAUAGAAGAACCGGGAGAUGAUGUAACAGUUUGGAUGAAGUUUUACGCAAAGCGGAAAUAUAUUGAUCGGAUGCUGAAGGAUUUUAAUGAGAAGCUUCGAGAAUAUAGGAAAAGAAUGAAGCAAAAAAGGAGUUCGUCUGGUUUGAAAAAACGGAUUUUCUCAACAUUUGGUAAAGCAUCUGAAGAACGCCCUUCACUACUGCUGUUAGACUUGCCAAUCGACAUUUUGCUAGCUAUCACCAAACAACUUGACACCGAAACCAGAAUGAUCGUUCGUAAAGUGUCUCCAGCUUUUCGAGACAUCAUAGACUAUCAGGGAUCCGGCGUGAAGACUAUGAAAAUCGGAAAAGACUGUAUCACAAUCGACUGGAAACGGAUUGAAUACCGUGAAGGUGUGCACUGCUCCUGUCUUAUUAUAUACCAGGGACAUAUUAAGACAAAAAUCUAUGAAUCACCCCAGUCACUGAUGUUCCAGGACCUUUCAAUUUUGCUCAAGAGCCCGCGAAUUCGGCUGUCCUGGUUAGACCUUGCUCCAAUAAGUUGUACGUCUUAUAAUUGGACGGGGGUAGAUGUGAACUCAAUUGUCAAAAUAUUGGAGCCAAUAAAGUCUCGGCACAUUGAAAGAGUCUACUUUCAAGAUAUCAAUUAUGCGGAAGUGGUCCUAAUUUUACAAAAAUUCAAAGCAGGGUUUCUUAGAGAAAUAUCUUUGGAUAGCGAACAAAUCAAUGGUUGGAGUAUUCCACAAAUUGGAGGUAUGGUGCAUUUGGAGCAGUGGAAAAGAGCACAGCAUCUCAAGAUUCACUCAUUUGUAAAUCUCGAUCCGCUCAUCAACCACAUUUCUCAUUUUCACACGAUCCAACUUUUAUGUCAGUCGAUGAGCAAGCUUCAAAUGUUGAAAUGGAAAGAAAUCAUUAACACAUCUAAAACUCUCGUGAAAUGUGUACUUCGAGGAAAUGCGAACUUUGCUGGUUUAGCAAGAGUUUUUGAUCCCGCCUUUGAGCAAGCUUAUGGUAACAUUAGUUACGUCUCCGCUGAUGAAUUCAAUUGCACAAUUCGGUUUAUGCCAGAGAACUUCUGCAUAAUGAAGCUUAAAUAAUUGUUUUUGAUAAUUGAUAAUUUUGAAAUAAACGAUUGAAUUUAUU